AUGUCUCUAUCUGUCUCUCUAGCCAUGUCUUUUCUCUCUCUUUGCUUUGCUUGUCUCUUUCUGUCUCUCUUUGUCUUUUCUCUCUCUUUGCAUGUCUCUAUCUGUCUCUCUUGUUUGUCUUUUUCUCUCUUUCUUUUCUGCAUGUCUCUAUCUGUCUCUCUGCUUUGCUUUUCUCUCUUCUCUCUUUGCAUGUCUCUAUCUCUCUCUCACUUGUCUUUUCUCUCUCUUUUGCAUGUCUCUUCUGUCUCUCUAUCUUUUCUCUUCUCUCUCUUUUGCAUGUCUCUUCUCUCUCUCUAUACUGUCUUUCUCUCUCUUUGCAUGUCUCUAUCUUUCUCUCUAGCCAUGUCUUUUCUCUCUCUCUUCUUUGCAUGUCUCUCCUUCUCUUUUUCCAUGUCUUUCUCUCUCUUUUUGUCUCUGUCUGUCUCUCUUUUGUCUUUUCUCUCUUUGCAUGUCUCUGUCUCUUUCUCUCUUUUCUCUCUCUUUCAUCUCUUUUGCUGUCUCUCUCUCUCUUGUCUUUUCUCUCUUUGCAUGUCUCUCUAUCUCUCUCUCCAUGUCUUGUCUUUUCUCUCUCUUUCUUUCCUUUUUCUCUAUCUCUCUCUCUGUCUCCCUUUAUCCAUGUCUUUUUCUCUCUCUUUGCAUGUCUCUAUCUGUCUCUCUAGCCAUGUCUUUUCUCCCUUUUUUGUCUCUUUCUGUCUCUCUAGCCAUUUUUCUCUCUCUCUCAUGUGUCUCUUUCUGUCUCUUACCAUGUCUUUUCUCUCUCUUUGCAUGUCUCUAUCUGUCUCUCUAGCCAUGUCUUUUCUCUCUCUUUGCUGUCUCUUUCUCUCUUUUGCUCUCUCUCUUUGCAUGUCUCUUUCUCUCUCUCUUUCAUGUCUUUUUCUCUUUGCAUGUCUCUUUCUCUCUUUGCCAUCUCUUUUCUCUCUUUUGCAUGUCUCUUUCUGUCUCUCUAUUUUCUCUUUUCUCUCUCUUUGCAUGUCUCUAUCUGUCUCUCUUUGCUUGUCUCUCUCUCUUUGCAUUCUUUAUCUUCUCUCUUUCUCUUUUCUCUCCCUUUUGCAUGUCUCUCUUCUCUCUUUUGCCAUGUCUUUUUCUCUCUUUUGCAUUUCUAUCUGUCUCUCUUUGCUGUCUUUUCUCUCUUUUGCAUGUCUCUUUCUCUCUCUUUUGCUUUUCUUUCUCUCUCUUUGCAUUUCUCUAUCUGUCUUUUGCUUUGUCUUUUCUCUCACUUUGUUUGUCUCUUUGUCUCUCUUGUCUUUUUCUCUCUUUUGCUCUUUUGUCUCUCUCUCUCUCUCUUUGCAUGUCUUUCUGUCUCUCUAG